UUCGAGCGCGGAGCGUUUUUACAGCGGAAACCGGUGACAAAAAAUAAACUGAGACACGAAGUACGAACUAAAUCUAAAAAAAAAUGACUCAGCUAGAAGCUAAAAAAACUAAAAACUAACUAAAAAGUGCAACUGUGGCAAUGAAAAGUGCUUCGCGGGACGAUUUUAGUUGCCAUGGCAAGAAAGUUUUUGUCUGUCGCCAUCGGAGUUAAUUAAUUUCGCCAUAGAAUUUCCAUCAGCUUAAAAAUAAAAUCAAAAUAGAAUAGACAAGACAAGCCAAAUGCUAAUUAAAGGCCAGACCAAAACCGCGAAAGCCAUCGACUAAAAGCCCAUUAAGAAAUAGCGUAUGCAGUGGCAUGAGUCGACACCUCAGCGAUAUGAUACUGCCCCCGCCGCCCGAUUUCGACUCGGGGUGCCCCUUUUACGACUACGAUGAGUCAAAGUUUGCCGAAAAGAUAACCCACCUGACGCCCACCGAACAGGAAGCAGUCAAGCGCUUCUGGAGGUCGCUGGUUUUGCGGAGUCAACGCGCCUUCAUUGAGGAAAAUGCUCGUCCAUCGUCUGGCGGCGGCAGUGGCGGUGCCUCCUCCUCCGCGACCCCAGCGACCAUGAGUCGCUCGGUGCGCAGUUGCAGCUGCUGCCCCUAUGGCUACCACAUCGACCUGGACUUUGUGCGCUACUGCGAGGCCCUGGCCCAGGCCAAGCCCAGCGAGGAGGAGCAGCGGCGCAGGGAUCGUCGGCGUUCCCGCAAGUCCAUGGAGUUCAUGCUGGGAUUCGAGAGCCUCUUUGGGGGCGACUGGCAGGCGGAGACGCGCGUCGAAGGCAAGCUAACAGAGGCCGCACAUGAAAGCGAACCGGACUCGCCACGCCCCCCAAACCAAGCGAAUCUGUCACCGUCACAGUAUAACACCACUCCCUGCUACCGACCACGAUCGUCGUCCGUGCCGCGCUUCACUUACGGCAGCAUACCGCCCCGUUCGGAGUCCCCCUUUGGCACCGCCUCCUCCACCUGCUCAUCGCUGAGGGGCGGGGUAGAGAGUGACGCCGGAGUCUAUCAAAGGCGUGCCCCGGCGAUCAGUCCGCCGGAGACACGGGCCUUCCUCCAUGAGGCCCUCGACGAGGUGUGCAGCGACUUUGAACGUACUUUGGAGCGGACCUCGGUGAAAAGGCGAAAGAAUCCCUACAAUGGUUCCAUGUCCAUGGAUCGGAAUAACAACAAACUCAGUUUGAGUUUCAAUAAUGGAUAUGGUUCGAAGGAUACCCGGAACGAUAAUCGCUUUGGCAACAGCACGUGGGACCGAUUCUUUGAUGUGACAGAUUACUGCUUGGCGAAAAAUCGAUCCCCCAAUAGUUCACCGAGUAGCCCCUUUAUGCGCUCCAAGACACUGCCGUUGCAACAGCGCCCCAGCCCGGCCGAAGUGCAAUACGAAAGCUAUGUCCAAGCCGCGGUGGCAGCCAAUGCCAAGUCACCAGUAGAGCAGUUGGAGUCACCGAAUGCUGCUGUUGCAGCCACACCGCCGCCACCUCCACCCAGACGCCACCAUCUUUUGGCCAGCACCCCCACCUCUGGUUCUACCCCCAAGGACCAGCCGGAAAAUGCUUCCAUCAGCGGAAACAGUUCGUUGCAAUCUCCAGUCAUCUCCGACGCGGGACAUCCAUCAAAGGAUGCCGAAGCUCUGUUCCAGAUACGCGAGCAAAUGGCCUUGAGUCUGAAACGAUUGAAGGACCUGGAAGCGCAAGUCAAAGUCAUACCAGAUAUGGAGCGCGAGCUAACUUCCCUGAGAGCUGAAAAGCAGCAACUCUUACGGAAAAACGAGGAUUUACUCCGUGGCCAACGACAGACACCCUCACCGCCCAGUCCGGGUAUAAAAACCGCCUCUCCCAUACAGUUUACUCCACAAAGGAUCAGUCCAGUUUCGCUCGAAAGCCUUGGCGCACGGAUACGCAGUACAUCCACCUCUGCCUCACCCUCCCCGAGUGUUGUUCGGCGAGAUGUGUCCACCCAGGUACAACCGCCUGCCACCAGAGAUGUAAAAUCUGGCUUCGCACCAGUCACCCGGGAUGCUGGAACUCAGCCUUUCGAAGUAGUCUACUCCAAGAAGGAAAUGGAGAAGAAGGUGGAGCAGGCUCUUCUCCAGGCAGAGAAGGUGAAGCAAAGAAAACUCAUCACGGUGGGAACUCAGAUGUAUGUUCCGAAACGCGAACAGCGCGAUUACGGUGUACAGACCCAGCAGGAGAGACCCAAGCAGACGUACAAUGUGGGCGUGUCUGCCAAACCGGCCACCAGAGAAAACUUCACCAGUUGCAAGCCGGAUGUACGCAGUGUGGGCAGCUCCGAGGACAGCGUGGACGCUGAGCUGUGCGCCAAGUGUAGUGCUCAGGAAACUCUUCCGCAGAAGGCGAAGCCAGCAGCCCCACAAAUGCCCGGCAGGAGCAACACCUUCAGUUUGGGCGAGAAUGAAGCUCUCUCCGUUGUGAGGAAGACAAUAGGAUGUCAGACAUCCGUGCCGCUGGUGCACAGUGCUGGAAGUCAGACCGCCGCCACCGCAGUACGCUCCAUGGGAGCUCAGGUUAGUCCCCAGCAGCAGAACACGGGGAUUCAGUGCGUUACCGAGCAGAUGUCACGGACAACGGAUACUAAAGGACUGCAGCGCCUGAGCCGGAGUCACACGAAGGGAGAGCAGGUGGCCGAGUCUGUGCCACGUCCCACCACUCGCCAUGCAUCCAGCAAUACGGAUAAGGCUGAGGAGCCAGAACCGGUCAAGCCACCCACCACCACCCACUCUGCUUGCAACACGGAGGAGGUCCGGAAGCGGGAUGUAGGUUGCGGCGACAUCGUCAAGCCGCACAUUUCGAUAGCCUGUGCGGCCAACUACUGUGAUUCCUGCAAGGAGGCCAUCCAGGAACUGGCCAAAGACUUCUCCAAGGCUAGCUCCACAACCCCGGUAGCAGGACGCCGCUCCGUGUCGGCGGAUUCGCGGAUUCCACGGCCCAAGCACCUCACCAGUCCCAGUCCCCAAAGGCGGGAGUUCAAGCGCCAGAACACCUACACUCUGGCCACUCCAUCCCCCACGCCCAGUCCACAGGUGGAGCGAAAGGCAAAAAUGAGCACCCUGCAGGAGAAGCCGCCUAGUGUGUCCAGUUUCCAGACAGCAGAUCCCAUGGCAGAGUCCCAGAGCUUCAUCAGUCAGCCGCAAAAGGAAUCGCUGGACCUCAGCCAAAUCGGUGACGACGAGUUGAUUGUACGGGAGGAGAAGAGGGUCAGUAUAAGCUGGUCGCGGGAUGCAUCACCAGCACCACUGAUGACAUCUUCGGGCACCGCCAAGUCCGAGUCCCCCGACCAAGAUCCGUUGCUGAGCACGUCCAGCGAUUCGGCCAGUCCACCCAUAGAUGUCCAGAUAUCCCAGGGGGCCCGUAAAAAGUCCAGCACGCCACUCAAGUCUAGUCAGAGCGAGGGCUCCCAGGUGACGGUGAUUGAACGACCGGCCACCAAGGCCCAGCUCCACCAAUUGGCCCAAGCGGACUCGGAGCCAAGGCAGAAAACUGAGCUGCCCAAGGAACUGAAGGCCUCUCUUAAAGCCAUAAAUGAUUCGUUGCUGAAGAAACUGGGCGCCAAGCCCAUUUCCUCGUUGAGCCUCAAGCCAGCCAAGAACAUCAUCCAGGAUCAUUGGUUUAAGAUCUCCAGCACACUGGGAGCGGAUCCCCGUGAAGUGGAGGAUUAUUUGGACUACUUUGAGUCUCUUUCCGUCCCAAUGCUCGAGUAUUGUGUGAACCUAUCUGACAAAAAUGGAAAUACAGCCAUGCACUAUGCCGUUUCGCAUGCCAAUUUCGAUGUUGUAUCCAUUCUGCUGGAUUCCAAAGUUUGCGACGUAAACUUGACGAAUAAAGCCGGAUACACAUGCGUGAUGAUGGUGUCCCUGGCCAAGCUGAAGCAGCCCUCCCAUCGAACAGUCGUCCAGCGACUCUUCAAGAUGGCCGACGUCAACUUGCGCGCCACGAAGCACUGCCAGACCGCUUUGAUGCUCGCUGUAUCGCAUGGUAAUGCUGACAUGGUCAGUGUGCUCCUGGAAGCCGGAGCGGAUGUCAAUAUCCAGGACGAGGAUGGCAGUACUGCCCUAAUGUGCGCCGCCGAGCACGGACAAGUGGAUGUUAUAAAGCACCUUCUGUUACAUCCGGAUUGUGAUUCUUUAAUAACUGAUGUGGAUAACAGCACAGCUUUCAAGAUCGCCUGGCAGGCUGGUCACCGGGACGUCGGACUGCUCCUGUAUGUCCAUGAGCAGAAGCUCCGGGACAAGAUGCCGAACCGCAGCGACCCCAUGAGGACCUCUUUACGCGCCGGGCAGGUGCACAAGAAGAUGCCAUCGGAGUAGAGGAGUGCCAUUUCGUUACACUGUAUUAGCGGCCAAAUUGUCGAACAAAAACACUUAGAUUCUAGGCUCAAAAUAGCAAUUUUUGUAGGGCUGCCAGAAAACAUUCCAAAACGCAGCAAAAUCACUCAAUUGCAGCUUCGAUUUUUAGAGAUAUUGUAUAUUUAGAGUACGUUUGGUCAUAUAUAUAUUUUAUUUAUUGUACAUCUAAUUCUAGGGCUAGCGCGUAGAGUUGUAUCUAAUUGUAAUCAUAGUUUCGACCUUUAGUAACGAAAGCAGCAGGCUCGUCUUAAUUAUAUAAUAUUUUGUAACUGAUAUAACUGAUGUAUGAUUUAAAACCUCUGUGCACAGGCCAGGAGAUACAAAUCAAUAGAUGAUUUGAAGCCAAAACCAACCAUAUCAGCAAUCGACAAUGCAAAAAACGAUAUAUACUAACACUGAAGAAUUAACAAUGAAUCAAACUGACAAAUUACAUAUAUUUUAACAAAUCAAUGGUUAGUCGUUAGGACUACCAUGUGUAUUUAAUAGAAAUUAAACAAAUCGCCGAAUGCGAAUAAAAAUCUAUUUUAAAACC